UUCUCCAUCUUUAGCUCAGGAUCAUCACACUGUUCUCUACUUGACGUGACGAAAACACUCAACCUUCAUAAGAGAAUUUGUUUCUACCAGGAUGCCUUCCACGUUAAAGAUUGCCCUCCUCGCCUUCGUCGCCCUUGUAGCGGCGGUGCCGUCCUCCCCCGAGGCUGACACGGGCGCACUCUUUGCUGUCGAAAAGCGAUGUGUAGGGCUCUACGCAAGUUGUAAUGACGACUGCUGCGGCUCCUUGACCAGCUGCAACUACAUCCCGAUAUGCGGAAACAACCGUUGCGUGUCAUACGAUCCCGCCAUCACCUACAACCCUACCUGCCACUAAGAGGGUUUCUAGAUCUGUUACAACCCCUAAGAUACAACAGGACCAGGCCACGUCCUGCAGGGCGUCUGGUGGCUGCAGGAUAGAAUACAUGCUGGAGACACAGGAGACAAGGGUGACUCCUCUGGUGCAGAAGAAGUACGUAUGAGUUAUGUGACAAUAAAACAAGGCUGUAAGUAGUUAAAUAGAGACUGUAAGCGCUUCUACAUAGGUACCUAAUCAUCGGGUUUAAAAAAAAGUGCUCUCUUGUCCAACGUAGCAGCCAACUGGGCCAAAGCCUGUAGCAGUCCCCAAAGCUAAAUAGUCCGUCAAGCCAGUUAUCAAACCCUUUCGCCAAGGGCCCUUGGAGUGCGUUACGCCCUCGUAUUUUACACCGAGACUUAGCACAGAACAUAUGGCUGAAGCAAAAGAUGGCCUUGGGAGACGCGCUUACUAAGUAUCGCAGCCAAAAGCCUCGUCACCCCUCAACCCGUUUGAAAGGGCCAAGCUUAUUCGCGUCUGCUGCAAAUUAUCAGUCUCUUCGGGAUCAUCCUUCUUUCUCGACAUGCUGAUCUUGAUGCAGGCAUUCCCUUUCCGUCGCCAAGUACGAAUUGUGCAAUACCUACUCCCCUGGCUUACAUCUCCUGUCCGAAUGCUCAUACUCUCCUAGCCGCUCAAGCCCUGCAACUAGCUUGAUCCCGAUUCAAAGUCCUUGCCAGACCCAGACCGCCGCAAAAUUGCCUCGUAGC